AACAAGAAACUAUUUGUUUUAAAUUAAUAUUUUAACCUAGGACUUAUCGUUUUUCUUCUCCACCAUCCAAGUUUCUCUGAGAUCUUAUCUGUGUUACAGUUACUACAACUCUGCAAAUAUAUAUAAAAAAUUUGCACGAUCUCUUAAAGUUUUUUAAUCAUUUUCUCAGUCUCUGCCUCUUCUCUUUCGUUUGUGGUUCUCACGCUCUUUGGUUUAAUUUAUUCAACAAUGAAACUAUCAAUAGAAGUUUUUGAGAUAAGAGGUUUUUAGAGAUGAAUUUCACUGAAUCAAUGAACGUUGUGCACAACAGAAUCCAGCAACUUGAACCAGAGAAUGCAUCAAAGAUCAUUGGUUAUCUCUUGUUGAUGCAAGACAAUGGCAAUCGCGACAUGAUCCGUCUCGCGUUCUGUCCUGAUUCUGUGAUGCGUUCUGUCAUCAAUUGCGUUAAAUACGAGUUAGCUAAGAAUGCUCAUCAUUACCACAGCCCUCCUUCUGAUCACAUUCCUACUCACAAAUUUGGAUCAUUCACGGGAUCAUCGCCUCUUUCGGUUUCUGUUUCUCCUCCCGUGAAAACCGGUUUCUGGGAGAAUUCAACCGAGAUGGAUACCUUGCAGAACAAUCUUCAGUUCUUGAAUUUUGAGGAUUCAUUGACCAGCCCUGAAUUCUCUAACGGUUUCUUCUCUCAAGACCGUCAAUGUUUGCCUUUGCGAACGAGCAGGAGAUCCCCGAGUUUACCCGAGUUCCCGGUCAAAAUCUGUCAUUACUUCAACAAAGGAUUCUGCAAACACGGCAACAACUGUAGGUACUUCCACGGGCAGAUUAUACCGGAGAGGGAGAGUUUUGCUCUGAUGUUUAAUCCAAACAACAACCUAAGUGAAGAAGAGCAUGUUGUUUCCCCUGUAUCUCUUGAAAAGCUAGAAGGAGAGAUCAUCGAAUUGCUCAAAGCAAGAAGAGGCGCUCCAAUCUCCAUAGCUUCAUUGCCGAUGAUGUACAGUGAAACAUACGGUAGGACUCUUCAAGCUGAAGGAUAUUUGACAGAGUCACAACGACAUGGCAAAGCUGGCUAUAGCCUCACCAAGCUUCUUGCUCGCUUGAAGAACACCAUCCGCCUCAUCGACAGGCCUCAUGGGCAGCAUUCAGUAAUAUUAGCAGAAGAUGCAUCAAAGUUUGUGGAAUACACCGGAGAGAGAAACGAACACGGAGCGAUCCUUGCUGGUUCUAGACAGAUUUACUUAACAUUUCCGGCAGAGAGUAGUUUCACUGAACAUGAUGUCUACUACUUUACCACAUUCGGACAUGUGGAAGAUGUGAGGAUUCCUUGUCAGCAGAAAAGAAUGUUUGGAUUUGUAACAUUUGCUUGCACAGAAACCGUUAAACUCAUUCUUGCAAAAGGCAAUCCUCAUUUCAUUUGUGGUGCACGUGUUCUCGUCAAGCCUUACCGGGAAAAAUCACGCUCGAGUCGGUACCUUGACAAUAACAAGCCUCUACACGGCAUGCGUUAUGGCUCUCAAUUUAUUGAUAGAGACUUAGAGAUAAACGCAUUGCCACCGCGGGGUAGUGAGAGCUCAAGACUAUUGAGGAAGCCAUUUCUUAGUGAGCCUGAACAAUCUGUUUCUAAGUCCUUACCUACUAAUUACUCCUACCUCGGCUUCUCCUCGGAUGACUUCAAGCUAACAUCAAACGCGGAGCAAGAGGAACAAGCGGAACGGUUGAGCUACCUACUGGACUAUUUGAACACCGAAGACAAUGUCAUGAACAUAACCACUAACUAUAGAGACAAUGAUCGGAGAACUCAUUGUGAAUCGUUGGACAGUCAAGUCCUGAAUCUACCCGAUAGUCCGUUUUCUUCCCUUUCAGGGAAGGAGAUUUCAACGGUUACAUAGAGAGAAAGACUGAUACCUAACCAAAAGGAGAGAAGAACAUAGGAGCAUAAAGGUUAGAGGGAAUCCCCAAAGAUCUAAUCAAUCGGCAAAAAAGAGAUUUUUUUUUUCAUUAUCUUCUUUCGGUUUUAGACUGAUGGAUGGCAUGGAGACUUUUAGGUUCUUUAGCAAUAACACAGCAAAAGAAAAGGAAAUAAAAAGUGACAGAAACACACAAAGAAGAGCAUGUUAGCUUCAGGUUUAAAAUAAGAGCCGAGCAGUUUGAGAAACAAUAACAAAGGGGUAUAAUAAUAAGAACAAUUGGAAUGUUUAUUAAGGGUUAAUUUUAUAUAUGUUCUUUUUCUUUUCAACUUUUUCUUUAUGCUGCUUCAUCAUAUCUCACUGUAUCAUAUGAAAAUCCUUUUAGUUUUAAGAAAAAAGGUUUCUUGUAUAUACUAUAUAUAAUAAUAAUAAUUGAAACAUUUA